GUUUGCAGUAUUUCUCUGCUGUAGCUGUGUUUGGGCCUUAGGUUCCAUCUCCCCGGUAUAUUAUCGGCCAUGGCUAGCUGCUGUGAAAAGUAGCCCACAGAAUUAGGCAGGAACAAUGGACGCUCCAUGGCGUCAAGCUGGCAGAGGAAGAGGCAGAGGACGUGGUACAUCUGUUAACGGGGCAUACUCCCAAACCCCAGGACCUGCUCCAGCAUCAGCCAGAAAUGCAGCAUACCCAAGGGGAGGCCAAGCGGAUGGAAAUGGUGCCCCCAAACCUGGAGCUAGAUAUGAGAAUGCAUCCUAUGCCUCAGUUAGCAAAUUAACGGGUAAAGGAAACCUCCAAACUGGGUCCAGUGCAGAAACAUCUAAAAAGAAAUUUGAAGAAAUCCAAAAAGCUAAUCAGGCUGCGGUUAAAAAGUUUGCUGAAGAUCACUACAGUUCCUCAUCAGAUGACGAAGAGGGUAAUGAAGAUGCAGAAGGAAAACAGAAGAAGAUAUUAGCUUUAACAUUUACAACAUACACUAAUCAAACAGAUGGGGAUACCAGUGAAUUAGCACGUACCAAACAAUAUAUGAGUGAUGCUUUCCAGUCAGGAGCAGUUACGUGCUUGAUCUGCAUAGCUUCAGUCAAGAGAAACCAGGCUGUCUGGAGUUGCUGUGGUUGCUUUUGCAUAUUUCACAUGCCGUGCAUCCAGAAGUGGGCCAAGGACAGUGUAUUCCUUGUUUCUUCUCCACUGACAGAUGAUGACUUUGAAAAAAAAGAUUACCCGUGGCCUUGCCCAAAGUGCCGAUAUGAAUAUAAGCGUUCACAGACACCUUGUAGAUAUUAUUGUUACUGUGGUAAAGUGGAAGACCCCCCUUUGGAUCCAUGGCUUGUACCUCAUUCUUGUGGACAAGUAUGCGAACGACAAUUUAAACCUUCUUGCGGACAUAAAUGUUUACUCUUGUGCCAUCCAGGUCCAUGCCCGCCGUGUCCGAAGAUGGUCAUAACGACGUGCUAUUGUAAAAAGGCAAAGCCAGUUCCUCGCCGAUGCAGUGCUAAAGAUUGGGCUUGCCAGCAGCCUUGUGGGAGGAAACUAUUGUGUCGACAGCACAAGUGUGAAGACCCCUGUCAUAAAGGAGAUUGCAGGCCUUGCCCACGAGUCAGUAAGCAAAAAUGCUUAUGUGGGAGGAAGAUAGCGGAAAGGCUUUGUGCAAGCCCAUCCUGGCAGUGUGAGCAGGUCUGUGGAAAGACAUUGCCUUGUAAUAACCACACGUGCGAGAAGAUUUGUCAUGCUGGCCCAUGUGGGGAAUGCCCUCGGGCAGGGAAUCGCUUAUGUCCAUGUGGAAAAUCAAAGUACACGUUACCUUGUACAGAAGAUGUCCCUACAUGUGGUGACAAUUGUGACAAAGCUCUGGAGUGUGGAAUCCACAAGUGCUCUCAGCGCUGUCACCGUGGACCCUGUGAAACCUGCAGACAGGAAGUUGAAAAACAGUGUCGCUGUGGAAAACAUACAAAACAAAUGCCAUGUCAUAAGCCUUAUCUCUGUGAAACCAAAUGCAUUAAAAUAAGAGAUUGCCAAAGGCACCAGUGCAAAAGAAAGUGCUGUCCCGGAAAUUGCCCAACUUGUGAUCAACAGUGCGGUCGUAGCUUAGGCUGUCGGAAUCACAAGUGUCCCUCAGUGUGUCACCGAGGCAGUUGUUACCCAUGUCCAGAGACUGUUGAUGUCAAAUGUAACUGCAGUAAAACUGUACUUACUGUACCCUGUGGUAGAGAACGUACCACUAAACCACCCCGGUGCAAGGACGUGUGCAGUCGGCCUCCUACUUGUCAUCAUGAAGUCCGGGAACGUCACAAAUGUCACUUUGGACCUUGCCCUCCAUGUAGGCAAAUAUGCCAGAAAUCCUUGAAAAAGUGUUGCCAUUUAUGCCCCAUUCCUUGUCAUGAUGAAGCUCUAGUAAAGCAAAAAGGCCUGCCUCAGCCAGCAGGUCCAUGGGAACAGCCUUCUGAGCCAGCAUUUAUUCAGACCGCUUUACCUUGCCCCCCUUGCCAGGUUCCGAUACCAAUGGAAUGCCUUGGAAAACAUGAGAUUAGUCCCUUGCCUUGUCAUGCCACUGGUCCUUUCUCCUGUAAAAGACCCUGUGGCCGGCUGCUUGCAUGUGGCAAUCACAAAUGCUCAAGAGAGUGUCAUAAAGUCACAGAUGUCAAUGGGGACAAAGAAAAGUGUGGCCCUGAAUGUUGUGCGUGCGAGGAAGGCUGUACCAAGCCCCGGCCACCUGGAUGUCCUCAUCAUUGUAGUCUGCCUUGUCAUCCUGGGGAUUGUCCACCAUGUGGGCAGAUGAUACGAACUAAAUGUCACUGCAAGAUCAGUAAUCUUUACAUUGACUGCUUAAAACUUACUGCUGCUGAUAGCAAAGAAAAGAAUGAUCUGACCUCAUGCAAGAACCAGUGCCCAAAAGAGCUGCCCUGCGGUCACAGAUGCAAAGAGCUAUGUCACCAAGGGAACUGUUCAAAUUAUUGUGUUCAGAAGGUUAAACUGAGAUGUCCUUGCAGGAGAAUUAAAAAGGAGCUGCCUUGCAACACUGUGCAUGAGGGUCAGAUUUCACUACAGUGUGACUCACUGUGCCUGGAAAUGAAAAAGAAAGUAGUGGAGAUAAAAGCAGAAGAGGAAAAGGCUGCAAUGGAGGAAGAAAAGCGUAGACAGCAGGCUGAACUAGAAGCUUUUGAAAACAGACUGAAAGGAAAACGCAGAAAGAACAAGAGGAAAGAUGAAGUGGAAGUACAGCCAUCUGCAUGGCAGAAAUACAAAAAGUAUAUUCUAAUGCCUGUUUGUGGAGUUGCUCUUGCUGUGUUUACCCUGUAUCUCACACAGGUUAAUAUCUGAAAUGGUCAUUUGUUAUAUAGUAUGUAAGCUUUCUUAAAUGGACAGCAAACACCUUGUAAUUAUAAGACAUUUCUAUUGUGCUGCUAUAGAAUAACAUAUCAGCCAAGUCUAAACAUUUUCAAAACAAAUUAACAUCCUUUUUAUUUCAGUUGUUAUUCAAUAGCCAAACUACACCCACUAUUUGCAUUAUUGGGAGAAGCCAACCUGGGCUUUAGUCUGCAAAUAACAAGGCUAGCCGCAAUCAUUACGUUAGUAAAAAGUACAUCGUUUUACAGUUGUUAUCAGUUAAAACCAAUUAGGGAAAGACAUGUAGCAGGGUUCGCCAUGAAUAGUUGAGAGGGUUUGUUUCAAGUUAUCUUUUUCUUCUUAAAUGGGAAGAGUCCGCAGCUGCAUUCAUUACUUUUGGGAAAUACAGAACCUGGCCACCAGGAGGAGGCAAAAACACUUGAGCCAGAGGCUUAAAUACCUCUCCCACUUCCCUUAUCCCCCAGUCAUUCUUUGCCUUUCGUCACAGGAGGUUGGCAGAGAAGUGUCAGAAGUUCGAGAUAGUCUCUUAUGGAGGGUAGUACUCUUCGAAAUGGGACUGGAGUUUUAAGUAAUCCUAUCAGCCGCUCAGUGAGAGCAUGGAUGAAUGUUAGAGUUUGGAGAUGCAGGGAGAGUUUUCCUGCAAAAUCAUCCCGACUCAUAUUAACAGCUCCUUGGCAAUCAGCGUUGACUAGUUUCGCUGCCUGCCUUUAUUCACUCAAGUCCAUGUCAGAAGCGAGGCUACUAUCUAUCACACUUGAAGGGCCGUGUCCCUGUUCCACAGCGUAGAUUCCGGUAAGAUCGUUUCAUUUUAUUUCGAUAUGUGAAUGUAAUGUUAACGAAACAAGGUAGGGUCCCAGUGGGACUCCUUUUAUCUUAAUAAGGAAUCAUAGGUUAAUAUCUCCUAAGGGGGGUUAUUGAACUGGGGGACUUUACUCAUGUUUUUAUAUGGUUCUACCUGCUAAUGUGUAGCAAUAACUAGGCUCAUGGUUUUUAUGGAACAUAACUGCCUUAUCUUAAUGACGCAAUCUCUUGAGAUUGCGCACCCUUUUUGUGAUUGGCACGGUGCACCUUGUGAUGGGUGCGGUUACGUUGUUUCUCACUUCCGUAUACUGACUGUGUGGCGGCAGAGAGAGCCUAGCUCGUGGGUUGUCUGGUUCACAGGAGGUAGUGAGUGCCCCAGCUAUUGGUGGUGUAAAAGCGGUGCCAUUUAGUAUUAAUCUUUUUUUGUAAUCCCAAGAUAAUGGAGGAUUCUGAUAUCUUAGUCAUGGAUGUCUCCAAUACGGAGAAUGCGUCUUGUGAUGAAUAUGAAAUGGCCCGGGUAAUCAAUGCCCAUCAGUUAUGUUCCGAUUGCCAUUCUAGAGUACUCUCUUCUCCCGACUCAAGGAGUUUAGAGUGCGUUGAGCUAUCCGCCUCCAUGUCCAGGUUUCCAUGUCCCGUGAGGCGCGUGCCCCAGACCAUUUCUCAGUUAUGCAAGCAGGUGUCCCUGUGGCCUUUACUCCUCGGGAGGGUGGCUUGUUUCCUCCCAAGUUUCCUCCCAAGUGAAAUAUUUCUAAGAUACUGUCCAUGUUCUGUUAACCAGGGCCCGUCGGACGUGAGAUCGCCUGAUUCAGUUCGGCCUUCUCGGGAAGCGUUGGCCUCUGAGGCUUCAGGGGCCCCAACCUCGGGGCCAGGGUCUUUCGUUGAUCCGGCGAGGGAUGAUUUUGCCUUCCGUUAUAGGCUGGCACGUCUUCGUGUUCUUUUAAGACAUGUUUUGGAGAUGUUAGAGGAUCUCAGUCCUAGUGGACCGAGGGAUCCGAGGCCUUAGAUGCUGGAUGGCAAAUUGGAUAUGAUGUUUGGGGAUGAAGCUAAUCUCCUUAACGUCUCAGUUUUACUUUCUUUUAUGUUUCGUUUCCAGUUCUGAGCUUGGGUGAAUGGGGUCUCUGAUCGGCUGGUCCCGUUGGCAUUCUCAUUCACCUUGGGCGUUCACCUGCGGGUGCUGCCUUCCUUUUAUUUUGAUCCGGUUGGAUGUGUUUGAUUUGUUUUGUCUGAUAGAUUUCCGUUUUGAAAACGUUCGUAUCUGGAACCGAUACUUGCGAUUUUGUGGUCACGUGGGCACUUCCACGGAAGUUGCACUCUAUUUGAAUAACAGAAUUAUGUUUUCUAGUUCACUUAUUGAACCUUCGGGUCGAAUUUUCUUGGACCUUGGACAGUUCUGGAGUGUCCUUGUACCAGACAGGUACUGGUUGGACACUUUCUGCUGUUACCUGGGUUCAUGUCACCCUCAUGGUGCUGAUUUAAUCCUGUUGGAUUCUGAAUGUCACUUGGCCUAUUGAUAGGGACUCCGGGCUCUGAUCCUAUUUUGAAGUAUUAGGUCUAGUGUAUAGAUACAACAUUUCUGAAUGGAGGGUUGUGAGUGCCGAUAUAAGGUUGGCUUUUUCUGGCUACUCGCCUGGGAUACAGAUAUUUCUUUUCAGACGUCAUCAUGGUUCUUACAGGUCCCUGGGGACUCAGAACCGUAGUUUCCAUUCCUGUGGAGUUGGGAGAGGUGAGUGACCUAUGUGGUCUAAUGUUCCAAAUAGUGAACGAUUUGCGUCUUCACUUGAAGUUCUUCUGGAUGCUCUUUAGCCUCAUAAACAUUUUCUUGCGGGGCCGGAGUCUGCUUCCUUCCCGCCUUGGGUGGGUCAUCUGGUCUGAAAGAACGGACAUGUCCUUCCUUUGCUCAGAGUUGCGUUUACUCUAAGAGGUGGAGGGCAGGGGUUUCCCUGCCUUCUGUGGGGAACUGUGAAGCUUCCAGCUUUUACCCUGUUAACAGGGUUUUUUGGUCUGACCAUGGUCUUCGACGUUUGGGUGUUAUCUGCGUACUUGUUGCAAAUCUAGCCUUGGGGCUUAACAGUGAAGAGCCGAGGUCGGUUACAGGCGGUCACCCUUCUGGGGUCAGGUAGUUGACCAUUUAUUCUCGAUGCUCCGUUGGGGCUUCGUGGAGGGUGGUUUAAGUCUAACUCACUGGGAUGGCAAGCAAGGUCCAGGGUUCACAUCCACCUUUGGGUGUUGCUUGUUACCUUGCCAGCAUGUGUAACACGUGGUUAAGCUUGUCUUUGAGAUUUUCCCUUGCGAUCCAGGAGCACUGGGUGCCGAAUUCUUAAACUAUUCAGGAGUUCUUUCAGACUCUUGGGUUUGAGGCUGUUGCUAGAUCGCCUAGUCUUCGGACUUUAGAUGGUGCACUCCUAAUCAUAGGAGGCUUCUUAGGGUUCCUCAGGAAGUUAGAUCUUUCGAUCAAUUCUGUUUUUUGAGAACUCAGGCCUAGGACCAUGUCUCUCCCUGGAUCGGGUAUGGACGGUUUGGUCUCACCUUAGGUGUUUGUGGUCCUGCGUGUCCUAUCCCCCUGUGGCUUAGAUUUUAGGUCUCUGACGGGUCCCUACCGGUCUUCUGGUGCAUUUGAUGUUCCUUGUAGACUCCAGGUGUCUUUUCAACUGGGUUGGCGAUAUGGCAGAGGCAUCUCGCCUCUGUGGUAGGGUGUUUUUCUAUUGCUUUAAGUCUCCUCUCCAAUAGAGUUUGGUUCGGUUCGGAGUUACCUCAGUGUCUGUGGCGACCUGUGGGUCCUUGUUUUCUUGCCCUGUAAGGGUCCUUCCCUUCUUGCGUUUUCAGAAUCCUGGAAAGGGAGAUGUGGAGUAGUAACUGGUUCCAUCGUUCCUGCUGCAGGAGGCUGGGGGUUUGAGCUCUGAUAUUGGGCUCCUGUUCAAUGUUGGAUUCUGAUAUUUAGAUGCUGGGGGUCUGAAAACCUACUUCCCUUGGGAAGUGUUCCCCUUUAGGGAAGACAGCAGUGUAGGGGGUCUCGAACCUGGUAGUGGUCAGAGUUCUACUCGGGGGCUUGCACCUCGUAGAUCCAUCCUUUUUUCUUCCAUGGGUCUGAAACUCUUGUCUUUGGUCUUUGACUAACCUUUGGGCUGGGACCAUUACCCUGGAGGGAAGGUCGGGGAUCGGUUACUCUAUUCAGUGUUGACCAUUUUCUUCUAGAGUCUGUCCUCCCCUUCGGUGGGAGGACUUUUGAUGUCCUCCUCUUUUCUACCAGCGUCUGGUGAUGGGAGGGGAUGCUACUUGGAGCCCGGUAUUCGGAAGGCUGUUGUUGAGUUUUAUAAAGGUUUACAGUUUGAAACCAGCUGCAGCUAUUUGCACCUUGAAUGUGUGCUAGCAAGCUGUAAAUCGCCUCUCGGUGGUUUGGGUUCCACGAUGGCUGAGUCGGCUUCCUACCUGGGAGCUGGUCAUUCUGAGUUCCUGUUCAGACGGAUUGGUGUUUUCUUGGAGAGCUCUUUGCUAACUGCUGGGAUAGUUAUCCUAUUUCUGCUGUCUAUGCUUGCCUAGUCUGCAGGUUUCUGAUACGAGGCAACAGGGAACUCAAGUUUUUCUGGAGUACCUUAUGGUAUGGUACUGUGUCAGAGAUAUGAGGGUGACCCUCGAGUCCUCUUUUGGGACGUGUUUCACUGAGUAUGGAUUUUUUUCAGGUCCUUGUGUUUCUAGGGAGUUCAUCUCCCUGUACCCUACUAUCGUAAGAUAACCUUGGAUUGUUCUAUGUUUGUUGAGCCGUGUGGAAUGAUCCUUGGAUUUCUUCUGGAAAUCUGUUUUUCCUUUCGGAGGCAGGUAGUGGUCCUUGUCUUUCGGCCGGGUACUCUUCAUGGGAGUCAAGAGCCGCAGGGCUGACUCUUUGGAGGCUAUUUGUGCUCGACAGACUCUGGGACUGAGUGGUCUCUAUCUCGGCUUUGCUGGUUGUGUAACUACUGUGCAGUUACCUGGGCUUCGUUUUUUUUUUUUUUUACCCGUAUCGUCUAUAUUUUUAGGCUGUGGUGCCUUUCGAUGGGGCCACCUUUUUGUAUCCACCCUUUGUUUACAUUCAGUGUCCUUUAGCUUGGGUUUUAUUUUCCCAAAAGUAAUGAAUGCAGCUUUGGACUCUUCCCGUUUUAGAAGAAAAACAUAAACUAUGCUUACCUGAUCAUUUUCUUUUCUUCUGACGGGAAGAGUCCACAGCUCCCGCCCGGUUUUUGUCUAUGAGGCUGAAGUAAUUUUUUGUUCUUCUGGCACCUUUUUUCACCCUGAUAUUUCUCCUACUGUUCCUUGUUCCCUUGGCAGAAUGACUGGGGGAUGAGGAAAGUGUGGGGGAGGUAUUUAAGCCUUUGGCUGGGGUGUCUUUGCCUACUCCUGGUGGCCAGGUUCUGUAUUUCCCAAAAGUAAUGAAAGUAGCUGUGGACUCUUCCCAUCAGAAGAAAAGAAAAUUAUCAGGUAAGCAUAAUUAGUUUUUUUAGAGCUAAAUUACAUAACAAAGGGGCAAAAUAAAUAAUGUAUAUUGCAAAAUUGUUUGAUUACAAAUAAGAAAUUAUUUAAUAUAAAAUUCUCAAGGUGUUUACUGUCA